UUCACUUUGCCGCACUUCUACUUCGACCGUCAUACAUUGCGCGCGUAAUCAACGAGAUCAAAACUUUUUUUGUGAAUAAUUUGUAAUCAGUUAUGGAGAAGGAGCACCAGCCGGACUCCAUGGCAACCAUAACCAUGAAGCCGGAGUAUCCCCCGUCUGAAGUAUACAGUACGUCCGAACCACCACCGAAUGGGGACAAGGAGGAUUUUUCGAUUAGGGCGUACCGGCACAGAGUGUCGUCAUCGGUGCAGAUCGCUCGCAUCGCGGCGCUGACGGUGGUGGCAGCCUCGUUCAUCCUGGGCGCGUUCAUCCUGGCCUCGAGCUGGGUGGCGGCACGGGCCUCGUGCCACCAGCUCGAGCAGCUCGACGCCAUGCUCGACAAGGAGCUGGCCCUUGAAAGCAGAGCCUACGGGAACGAUGCUUUGGUGGCGGAUGAGCCAUUGCCAAUAGCUAAUGCUCACGCAUUGCACGGAGUUCCUCCACCUACUCCGGUAUCGACGGCAGCUACCGCGCAGCCCAGCCAGGCUCCUACGGCUGAAAACCAGCUCAAGGAUGACGCACUGAACCACGCAGAGUCCAAGAUUGAUGAGGACAAAUUACAGAAAAUUGACGACGAAGUCUCCAAGAACGAGUCUCCCAACUCGAGUGACGACAGCUCGGAAUCAGACAGCUCGGCGGAGGAGGACGACGAAUUCGACAACCGGCCCAUGUUGAAGCUGCCCAUCCAGUUCGACCUGGACGAGCUCGCUGGCGCCUUCCUCGCCAACAAUCAGAAAGGUCGCAUGAACUGCGUAGUGGAGCGGCGCCACGACGAGCCGAUGGAGAAGCGCUUCCCCUUCAACAUCCUCGGCGCCUUCGCGCCGCGCAGCGCGCGCGCCGAGAGGAUCGCAAUCAUCUGCCACGGUGGUGACGAGCCUAGACCCGUGAACAUGUUCCCCGAGCCACAGUCUCAGGUGUUCGCAUUCCCGCUGUCGGGCCCCGUGAGGCUGCCCCUGAGGCCCCAGGGCGAGCGUGCUCCCCCGCCGCCCCCGGCUGCUGAGCCCCGCAUGCCAUUCGGACCCAUGGCCAACCGCCCUAUGCCUUUCCCUCUGCCGGUACAGUCGAUGACAUAUAAACCAGACCCACCAAUGCAAUUGCCAUGGGACUCGUCAGAGGAGCAGAUUGGUGCGCCCCGCGAGAUGCGCAUCCAUGUUCAGCGCGUGAUCGCCAUUCCCAACCCGCAGAACAUACAAAAUAUGCCGCCCCAGCCUGAACCAGUGGCCCGCUUCCUACCUCCUAACAUGCAGCCGCAGCCGGAAUCUCCCCGCUUCGCACCGCCAGCCAUGCCUGAGUCCCGAGAACAGAGCGAGCACCCGAAUGUGAUGCAUCAGUUCGUCCCACAGCCAGCGCCAACGCAGGAACUGGAACAACCCGAAAUGAAGAAAGUCCAGUUGGAAGGCGCGCCGAUGAGUUUGCCGUGGGGCCUCAGUCCCGACGACCUGCUCGCCAUCCGGAACGCGGAGCAAGCCGCCGCCUCGCAUCACCGCGACCAGCAGCUCGACAAUGAGAUGCAAGAGGUGAAGACAAUAAUGAACUCGCUGGCGGCGGCGGAGGCAGAGGAGGAGGCGGCGGCGGAGGAGCGGCGCUCGGAGGCGCGCGGAGAGGCUGCGCAGGACGCGCCCGCGCCCCGCGCGCCGCGCACGCUGCUGCUGCCGCAGGACGUGCCCAUGGACGAGAGGCCGCAUUACAUGCAGCCACGCUCAGUGCGCAGCGUGGACGGGCUGCUGCACCGGGGCGAGCGCGUCAAGCGCUGCGCCUGCGACUGUGCCUAACGCUGCAGCGCCGGAGGAAUCCCUUAUAGCUGUGGUCAAGCGCUGCAAGCGCUGAAAUACAAACAACCACACGCGGCCUUUCCGUCCAUAACAUGUCACUUUUUUGUAACAAACUAGGAUACUUUAUUCUUACGACUCUUCGCUGACAGUAAAGCUCUGUAAAUAAAGUUGUUAGUUCCCCACUUCGAUAAGUCGUUUUUAUUACCUAUCAAAGUUAAGCAUUAAUUUAUGAAAAUUUUAUUUUUUUGUUAUAAUAUUCACACAAUAAUAUCAAUUUUGAAUUUCAAGUACUUGUCACAUUUUACCUUACUGUGAUCUGUUAAUGGUUAUGUGAUUAAAAAUAUAAGGUGUAUCAUAAUAAACUUUUUUUCUAAUCAUGAAGUAUGAUUUUAAAUGGAAUCUGAUAUUCGACUAUGUUGCAUUCAGCAAGGUAUGCCAGGAUGUCACCCUUAUUAAAAUACCAUAAUCAGUGAUAUUUUUAAUGUAAUUUAAAAUAAAUACUUACAUUCUUUAUUGUGAUCCUAAAUUAAAUUUUUAUUAGUUUUA